AUUAAACGCAUCACACACAAGCCUCAGUGGCUCGUCUACCUCUCUCCUCUAGCUCUCUAGCUAGCGUUAGACUUUCGUUGUCCUACUUUUUUAUAGUUAAGAUACUGAUUUGUUCAUUUCCAUUUUUGUUGGACUAAAACGACGAAUUUUUCAAGAUGGGGGGCGGUGACCUGAACUUGAAAAAGAGCUGGCAUCCCCAGACGAUGAAAAACAUCGAGCGUGUUUGGAAAGCUGAGCAGAAAUAUGAAGCUGAACGCAAGAAGAUUGAGGAGCUCCAGAAAGAGCUGAAAGAGGAACGAGCCCGAGAAGAAAUGACGAGAUAUGCUGAGGACAGCGGUGCCAUCAAAAAGAAGGAUGAUCGUCUAGACUGGAUGUACCAGGGCCCUGCUGGUCAGGUGUCCAGAGAUGAGUAUCUGCUGGGACGUCCCAUUGACAAGCAGAUCACCGACCAAUACGAGGAGCCUGAGAGCGGUCCAUCAGCAGAGACUGGCCUCCUGCCCGGAUCUAUCUUCAACCCCGCCACCCCUGCCUCGAACCUGGACAUGGCCGCCAAGAUCAGGGAAGACCCCCUGUUUGAAAUCAGGAAACGUGAGGAAGAAAAGAAGAGAGAAGUCUUGACUAAUCCAGUGAAGAUGAAGAAAAUCAAAGAAAUGCUGCGCCAGAAUCUUGACAAGAAAGACAAGAAAAAGAAGAGGAAGAAGGAAAAGAAGGAGAAGAAAGACAAAGAGAGAAGAAAGGAGAAGAAGCACAAGAGAAGGAGCUCAAGUUCAAGCUCAGAGGAGGAAGAUGAGAAAAAACACAGGUCACAUUCACGAGAUGAAUCUUCAGCAGACGCCAAAUCUCAUUCCCAUCACCUUCCAGGCUACGGCCUACAGCUUCCUGCUGGCAGGCAUCACCAGUCCUCAGCUCCUACCAAUCACUCAGGGCGCCAUGAGAGGAGCCGCUCCCGAUCUCCUCACAGGAACAACAGGGAAAGCCACUCCUCCUCCUCUUCCUCGUACAGAAGCGACCGCAAGGUCCAGCCCAGAGCUCCCAGCCCAAAGAGAGAGCAUCAUUACAGACAGAGGAACCACGUGUCCAAGAAGCUCUCUGCAGAGGAGCUGGAGCGAAAGAGGCGGGAAAUGAUGGACCAGGCCAAGCAGAGGGAGGAGGACAGAGAGAAUAAUGUGAAGAGAUACAAGAGGCAAGACGAGCAGGAGAAGCAGCGGGAACAAAAUGCCAAGCGGGACCGCCAUGCUGGCUUUAUCCACAACAUGAAGCUGGAGAGUGCUGCCAGCUCUUCCUUAGAGGACAGAGUGAAGAGGAAUAUCCACUCUAUCCAGAGGACGCCGGCCUCCUUGGACAACUUCAUGAAGAGAUGAAGACACAACACAUUUGUCAAAGAGAGUCUAUGAACUGAUUUUUUUAAAAAAAACCUUGACAAGACUAUACCAUCCACCCAUAAAUGUGUCUCUUAAUGUAUGAGGCUGCAGGAUGGAUGGUGUGGUGGGAGUCUGUCAUGAGUUCAAACAUGGAACCACAUAGCAAAGCAGAUUCCACAGUGAUAUUUCAGAUAAAUGCAAAAGGUCUAUCAUGGUUGAUCUGUUCUAGCUACUUUCUAGAAAGCCAGUAUCCCUUUAAGGUUCAUGCAAUCUGAACUCUGUAAGCUCUAUUUUUUUGUUUUUCCAGUAUAACAGGACCUGCUUUUAUCUCAAGUCUUUUUGUAAUAUAUGUUUGUUACUUAUUGUACUCCUGUGAGUUGAAACUGGAAUAAAAGAAUAUUUCCAGAA